UACGUGUUUACGUUGGUUGUGCUGAGUUGUCAGAGUUUGCUGCGAAGAAAAACGCAUAUCUUGCUUCAGCUAUUCGAGAAUUGGUCAGGUUUUGUUUCGAUACCAGCAAGUAAAAUAUAAGUAUCGCAUUUAGAAAGUUAAUCUAGCUAAGAAGUUCGUGCAGAAAGGUGGUCCAAGAUGUUGGAUUUAUUCACAAUUUUCACCAAGGGUGGAAUAGUGCUGUGGUGUUUUCGAGGCACCAAUCAAAUAUUUGCGCCCUCCGUCAAUGCACUGAUCCGUAGUGUUAUCCUGCAGGAACGUUCUGGAGUAUACGAUCAUGAUGGACUCUCUCUACAGUAUAAACUGGACAAUGAAUUCGAGUUGGUUUUUGUGGUCGCGUUUCAAAAAAUUCUUCAAUUGUCCUAUAUAGACAAAUUUCUGAGCGACGUUCAUUUGGAAUUCCGAGAUAAAUAUAAGAAUGAUCUCCGAGCGGAAAAUCGUAACUAUACAAACUUUGGAUUUCAAGAGGAGUUCACAAGAAUUCUGGAACAAGCUGAAAAGUGGGGUCAAUUACAGGCAAAGCUUCCGAAGCAAAUGCGUAGCUUCGAGGAUUCCCAUAAGUCUAAGAAGACAGUCGAGUCAAUGAUAGUGCGUAAGGGAGGGGACAAACCAGUGUCCGGCGGAAAGAAGUCCGUGAAAAUAGUUGAUAACAAAAAAGAGCUGGCGGAGAACAUUCCUCCGGUCCAAACUAACGGAGCAAAUGAGGAUCUGAUUAUGGAAAAUCGGAAGAAGAUGAUGGAGAAAUUGAACAAGAAGAACAAAGGGGAUAAACCGAAGUCUCCAAAGUCUCCUCCACAGAAAUCUGGAAAGCAGAUGCGCGUUUGGGAUUUGGGCGGUAAUUCGAAGGAUGUACCCAAUCUGGAUCGUUCGAAGGAUAAGCCUGAAGAUGUAAGAAGUGACUUUUCUCCAAAUAACGAAAUGAUUGGAAGAAUGAAAGGUGGUAUACAGGAUCUGGAAGUUGAGAGUGACAGCGAAUAUGACGAGGAAGACGAGGAGGAGAUUCAGCAGUAUGCGAAUCGGCCAAAUAUUCAGCCGACCAAGAAGUCGGGAGGAGUGUUUUCACUUUUCAAAGGUUUGGUUGGUUCGAAGAACCUGACCCAGCAGGAUAUGCAACCUGCGUUGGAGAAGUUGCGUGAUCAUUUGAUCUCCAAAAAUGUUGCAGCAGAUAUCGCUCAAAAGCUGUGCGAAUCUGUUGCAGUCAAAUUGGAAGGAAAAGUUCUGGGAACAUUCGAUACCGUUGCAGCAACGGUUAAAAACACGUUGAUUGAAGCAUUAGUUCAAAUUCUCUCGCCCAAACGUCGUGUCGAUAUUCUUCGCGAUUGUUUGGAGGCAAAAAAGAAUAAGCGGCCAUAUGUGAUGAGUUUCUGUGGAGUAAAUGGUGUCGGUAAAUCGACCAAUCUGGCUAAGAUCUGUUUCUGGCUAAUUGAGAACAACUUGAAUGUGUUGAUAGCUGCUUGCGAUACAUUCCGUGCUGGAGCUGUGGAACAGUUACGUACACAUAUGAGACAUUUGAAUGCCCUACAUCCAGCGGAAAAACACGCUGGUCGUGAAAUGGUACAGUUGUAUGAGAAGGGCUAUGGAAAAGACGCAGCUGGAAUUGCUAUGGAGGCAAUCAAGUUCGCUAAUGAUUCUGCAAUAGAUGUUGUGUUGAUCGAUACCGCAGGACGUAUGCAGGACAAUGAGCCGUUGAUGAGAGCUCUGGCUAAAUUAAUUAAGGUUAAUGAACCAGAUUUAGUUCUGUUCGUUGGCGAAGCCCUGGUAGGAAAUGAAGCAGUCGAUCAGUUGGUGAAAUUCAACCAAGCUUUGGCCGAUUACUCAUCCAAUGAGAAUCCGCAUAUAAUCGAUGGCAUAGUUUUAACAAAGUUCGACACAAUUGACGACAAGGUGGGUGCUGCCAUAUCAAUGACAUACAUCACAGGACAACCGAUUGUGUUCGUUGGAACGGGGCAAACCUACACAGAUCUUAAGAAACUUAACGCAAAAGCCGUCGUUCAUGCAUUGAUGAAAUAAACUGCACAUCCGCUAGUGUAAACCGCUGGUACUUCACCUAGUUUCGGGCCCGUUUCACUUCAACUCACAUCCACCUUCUGAUAUUUCUUCAUUCCUCUCCGAGACUAAUCGUUGAGACGUUGUCGACGGGCAAUGGCGUGUACUGAUUUGCAAAACACAUUUAUGUUGACUGUUCAUCUAUGUACCUUUGAUUCGUGGUUGUUUGAAAAUGUGUUUUUCUACCAUUAUAUUUUGUUUUGUUGUGGCUGCCUUUUAUUUUAUAAACUUUUUAUAUAGAAAAUUAUGACCGUUAUCCAAUUAAGAAUAUAUUAUAAAUGGGGCA